AGGUGCUGUGCUGCUUAUAAACCCAUCUGCUGCCGAGCCUUUCUGCUCACUGUCCCCGCUGUCCUAUGAAUCAUUGACCCGAGCAGCAUCCGUGAUCUCAAGAAACCGUGAAGAUGGCGGCCCGGACUAUGCAGGCGGCGCGAUGCCCGACAGAUGAGCUGUCGCUGACUAAUUGUGCCGUGGUUAGCGAGAAGGAUCUGCAGUCAGGACAACAUGUGACUGUGAAGACCACACCCAACCACAAGUUUGUGUUUACAGUGAAGACCCAUCACACUGUGGCUCCUGGAAGCAUUGCUUUCAGCCUGCCUCAGAGGAAAUGGGCCGGUCUCUCCAUUGGCCAGGAGGUGGAAGUUGCAAACUACAACUUCGACAAGUCCAAACAAUGCAUCGGCGCCAUGACAAUCGAAAUCGACUUCUUGCAAAAGAAGAGCACUGACUCCUCCCCUUACGACUCAGACAAGAUGGCUGCAGAGUUUAUCCAGCAGUUCAACAACCAGGCUUUCUCUGUUACCCAGCAGCUUGUGUUCAGCUUCUGUGACAAGCUGUUUGGUCUGAUGGUGAAGGAUAUCGAGGCCAUGGAUGCCAGCAUCCUCAAAGGAGAACAAGCCUCUGGAAAGAAACAAAAGAUCGAUAUUGGGCUGAUGGUGGGAAACAGCCAGGUGAUUUUUGAGAAGGCAGAGAAUUCAUCCCUCACACUAGUUGGCAAAGCCAAAACCAAGGAGGCACGACAGACAAUCAUCAACCCAGACUGGAACUUUGAGAAGAUGGGAAUUGGAGGUCUGGAUAAGGAAUUCUCGGAUAUUUUCCGCAGAGCCUUCGCUUCCCGAGUGUUUCCUCCUGACAUUGUGGAGCAGAUGGGGUGUAAGCACGUGAAGGGCAUCUUGCUGUUUGGGCCACCAGGCUGUGGUAAAACACUGAUGGCUAGGCAGAUCGGCAAGAUGCUAAAUGCCCGUGAGCCAAAGAUUGUCAACGGCCCUGAGAUUCUCAACAAGUAUGUGGGAGAGUCAGAGGCCAACAUCCGCAAACUGUUCGCUGAGGCAGAGGAGGAGCAGAAGAGGCUGGGAGCCAACAGCGGCCUUCAUAUCAUCAUCUUUGAUGAGCUGGACGCCAUCUGCAAGCAGAGAGGCACGGGCGCCAGCAGCACCGGUGUGCACGACACUGUUGUCAACCAGCUUCUCUCUAAGAUUGACGGUGUGGAGCAGCUUAACAACAUCCUGGUCAUCGGUAUGACCAACAGGCCCGACCUGAUAGAUGAUGCUCUCAUGAGACCUGGCAGGUUUGAGGUCAAAAUGGAAAUUGGUCUUCCUGAUGAGAAGGGCCGUGUGCAGAUUUUGACCAUCCACACCAACAAGAUGCGAAGCUUCAAUCUGCUAGCUGCUGAUGUUGACAUAAAGGAGCUUGCCACUGAGACCAAGAACUACAGUGGUGCUGAGCUGGAGGGUCUGGUCAGGGCUGCUCAGUCCACUGCCAUGAACCGACACAUCAAGGCUACAUCCACAGUGGAAGUGGACAUGGAGAAGGCUGAGAAACUCCAGGUCACCAGAAACGACUUCAUGGGAUCUCUCAACAAUGACAUCAAACCUGCAUUUGGUACAAAUGCAGAAGACUAUUCCAGCUACAUCAUGAAUGGUAUCAUCAAAUGGGGCGAUCCCGUCACUCAUGUACUGGAUGAUGGAGAGCUGCUGGUGCAGCAGACCAAGAACAGUGAUCGUACACCACUGGUGGCUGUCUUAUUGGAAGGUCCACCUCACAGUGGGAAGACAGCCUUGGCAGCUAAGAUUGCAGAGGACUCACAGUUUCCUUUCAUUAAGAUCUGCUCUCCAGACAAGAUGAUUGGAAACUCAGAGAUCUCCAAGUGCCAGGCGAUCAAAAAGGUCUUUGAUGAUGCAUACAAGUCCCAGCUGAGCUGUGUGGUGGUGGACGACAUUGAACGUCUGCUGGACUACGUACCCAUUGGUCCUCGUUUCUCCAACCUGGUUCUCCAGGCUCUGCUGGUGCUGCUGAAAAAAGCUCCACCAAAGGGUCGGAAGCUGCUCAUCAUUGGCACCACCAGCAGGAAAGAUGUGCUGCAGGAGAUGGAGAUGUUGGACGCCUUCAGCACCACCAUCCACAUCCCCAACAUCUCGACUGGGGAGCAGCUAGUCGAUGCUUUAGAGCUACUUGGGAGCUUUUCUGAUAAAGAGCGGGCCAGCAUCGCACAGCAGCUCAGAGGGAAGAGAGUCUGGAUUGGCAUCAAGAAGCUCCUGGUGCUCAUUGAGAUGUCGCUGCAGAUGGACCAGGACUACAGAGUGACCAAGUUCCUGACCCUGCUCAGAGACGAGGGGGCUGAUAGCAGCAUCUAUGGGUAGAGGAAGGAAGCAGUUUGCCAACAACAUGCCACCAGUGGAACAAAACGAGGAAGAAGAGGAGGGGAAGUGAUCUUCCUCUGGUCUAUCCACCCACCAUCCAUUCCUCUGUCUAUUAACCUGGUCAAAGAGAGGAACAAACAAGUCUUCUUUAUCCAAGCAUGUUCCCCCUGGGCAAUAUCACUGUCUCACCUUCCUCCUACUCAUCAUCAUCGACUUCCCUUAUCGACAUAUCACAGCAGUCGUACUGUUACACAACUGUUAUCUGUAAAGAGAUUGCAAUAGAUGAUUGUAAAAAAGUGCUGUUAUGUGCAUUGUGCGUAAAAACAACAAAAAAAGAAGCCAUGUAUGUUUUAAGCUGUUGUGUUUGUUGUAUUUGUUGCAUAUCUCUUGUUGUUGAUAGUGCAGUGUGUAUCUCACAAACUCAAGCCGUAUAACAGAAAACAUCCAAAAAUGACACGAGACCCCAAAGCCCUAUGAGUAUUUAAGACGUGAAUUAAUGGGAGGCUUUUAGUGAAUGUGUAGUGGCUGUAAAAACGAUGCUGUUCCAUGUAUAAGUUUAACCCUUUAAAUAUACAGUAUGUAACUUGUUCAUGUUCUGUAAAUAGUAUAUAUAGACAAAAUACAGUAUAUGAUGAGAAUAUAUGAUCAGUUUUAAGUCUCUUUUCAUACGACAUCAGUAUGAUUCUUCUUCCCUACGUCUUCGGAGAUGUUAAUAUUACUAGGUUACUGUAAUAGUAAAAGUAUAUGUUGGAUUGUUGGCUUGUCUGUCUGUGUUGCGUACAGUACAGUUCAGUCGAGCUAGUGUUGCUAAGACAACCUCAGUGUUAACGAUUAAAAAAAUCUGCACUUUCAACAUCGGCUCAAAAGACAUUUAGUACUUAUAUUGGGGGGUUCUUCGUUAGAUCAAUGUCUCCGCAGGUGUGCAUGUGUGAAAAACUAUCUGCUGCAUGUGUUCAGUGUGUUCGGGUGUGUGUGAGAUUGCUGGUGCUUCUGAAUGUCAGCAUGUGUGAGAGCGAGCGCGUGGGUUCAGGUGUAGAUGGUCGGUGGUUAAUUUGUGGGUUUUUCUCAUGUCGUGUGGUCAGUACUUAUCGUCCAAAGUUCUUGUUUUGUUCUGAUCAUUGAUGAUGUGUGUUUGUGUGUGUGGGUGUGUGGGUGUGUGUGUAAAUAUAUAUCAAUA